CCUAUUUGGCUAUUUCCCCUCGCAACCACCUCUCUUCUCCCCAAACCCUAAUCUUCCCUCUCCCUCCCCACCUCCACAUCGAACCCAUCGGAUCGUUCGGCGGCGAUGGACGGGAAGGAGGAGGGCCGGAUCUUCGUGGGCGGCUUGUCGUGGCAGACGGACGAGCGCAAGCUCCAAGAAGCCUUUGACCGCUUCGGCAAGGUCGUCGACGCGCAGGUACCCGUAGUCCCCCGCUCGUAUCUGUUAGCGCCUCAUGCCCCGGCAAGUUUUGCUGGAUCCGUUAGUUUGGUGUAGUCCACGGCGCGAUUUUGGACGGUUUUAUGCUUCGAUAAAGGGACGGUGCGUGUCGUGGUGCAGGGUGGAAAGGUGGAUCUGUGGAUUGCUCUUGUGUGUGGUCCAACGGGAAUCUGCUUUGCGUAUGAAGUAUGGUUGUGUUUUCUAGCUUUUAUACCUCUCGCGCAAAUAGGUGAAAGAAAAAAAAAUCUUUAGUUAGAGGUAACCAAAUCCUUUGGCUUCCAGAACCAAAUUAAAAUGAUGACUACCGGGCCUUCUUGCUAUGAUGGGCUAAAGAUUUCAGUACCAUAUACGGCACAAUAGGAAUGCAGAUACAUGCAUUUUAACUUCUCAAAGGAUCCUUCGUUAUUUUUCAAUGUUGAAUGCUUUCUCUCAGUAAUUUAACUCACUGCUCUUGUUUUGUCUAUCUUUCUUUGUGUCCGGGGUCUGUUCUCCGUUCUUUGUUUGCUGAGGCUGAAUGAGCUGGCAGAUUUCCAGAGCUGGAUUGCACAGUGAUACAUGUUGCUUUCCCAAGCUGAAAUGUGAUCGUGUUCGUUACAGUUAGAUGCCUGAAUUGAGCACCUCUAUCCCUGUUGAAUAAGGGGGGAACAGCCAUUGGUCCUACUUUUGCUAGUCUUCUGCUAUUCCUUAGUUCAGUUUGGUGGUCUGAUGAAAAUGGGACGUUACUGCCAAUUAAUUGAAACAGUUGGACAAGCAUAACUGCCCUACCCUGGUUCUAUAGUUUGUUGUCUGCAGUCCUUGUGAUUUUUGAAAUUCUACUCCUCCAGCACAAGAGCUGUGUACACCUGUGGAGAGCAAGCAACAGGGCCCAUGUCCAUGAUACAGGAGGUGGCCCAUUGCUCUACAGUGAAAAGAUUAAAACAAAGUACAGCUGUAUCGGGUUGAACCGAGUUGAUUGGCUUAUAAGAAGCAACAGAAAUCAUCUGGUUGAUAUAAGUGUCUGCUUGUGUCUAUGGCCACGUUUUCAGUUGGGUUCAUUGGCAUGCUUGCAAACAGAGAUCAUGAUCACAGUUGACUUGUUUUGAUUUUUAUCUAUAUGACCUGAAUGCAUAGUUCUUUACAUCUUGUUACCUUUCUCAGCAUUAUGUGAACUAGCGACAAGCUUGAUCUUUCCCCGUCCAGUAUUUGUUAGAACUAGAUAAAGUCUUUCUGCUAUGAUUUACAGCUGCAAUUCUUUGUGGACACGCUUAGUUCAUUGCAUAGUUAAAAGCUCCAGCAAAAUUUGGUUUUCCACUUUUUUAUUUAUUAAAACUCAAGCAACUCCUUUCUUAAGGACACUUUGCUCCAAUGUUUCUUUAUUGUAUAAUCCAUUUUUUAUUAAUACUAUUGCUGCUUGCCUGGCGCAGUGGUAGAGCUUUCCACUUGUGGCCUGGCAGCCUGGGUUCGAACCAGCCUCCUUGCACUGCAAGGGUAAGACUGCUAGAUAACACCCGUGGCCCUUCCCCAGACCCCACAUAAUGUGGGAGCACUCGCACUGGGUACGCCCUUUACUAUUGCUGCUUGCCUGCUUGAUUUGGUAAAUGCUUCCAUUGAUGGAAGUCAGAAUUCGUUGAAAGUCCAGAUUUGCAUAUCGGUGCAUUGGGCAGUAUUCAAUGAUCAUGCAUGGACAUUUGAAAGAAUACUGCUGGAACAGAAAAUUGAUGCUAGCCUCACCAGUGCGGACCUUUGAUUCAUUGUCUCUGUGUGACAUUGCUUUCAGCCACCUCCAUACAUUGUUUUGCAGCAUUGGGAAGAGAACAGAUUUAUUUAACAUACCAGUUAGCCAGCAGCUCAGAGUUUCACUGUUGUUUUCAUGGAAAAUUGGAAAUGGAAGUUGCUUGCCUCUCUAGGUUUUCAGCAUUGGUUUAGAUGACCUGGUAUGUAAACUAGAAGUAUAUAUGGCUGUGGCAUAUCUGCCAGAUUUCUUGACACCAGAAUAUGCUGAAAUUAUUGAGAAGUUAGUUCAUGUGGGUAGCUGUAAAAUCGGUGCCUGGUUGGAAAUAGUUCACUUUGCCAGAACAUGGUGCCCAGAGACUAUGACUUUGCUCCUUGUCCUGAUAAUGAGCUUUGCUGUUAUGGGAAUAGACUUUUUGAUCAAGAUAGUUACAGCUAGAUGCAUUUGUGUCAGGAUUAUGAUUGUUCUUGAAUCACAGAAAUCCAGGAAUAACCUAAUCUCAGUGCUUCUCUCUCUCCCAAGAUCAUGCUGGAGAGGCACACUAACCGCCACAGGGGCUUUGGCUUUGUGACAUUUGAAGAUCGGCGGGCAGUUGACUGCGCUAUCAAAGAGAUGCAUGGCCAAGAGUUAGAUGGUCGGAAAAUUUCAGUGAACAAGGCUGAGCCUAAGAUGAACACAGAUGACACAAGAUAUGACAAUGGUGGUGGACGAGGAGAGUAUCGUGGUGGUAGAGGUGAUGGUCCACCCCCUGGUAAUUGCUUUGAGUGUGGUCGUCCUGGACAUUGGGUUCGUGAUUGCCCUAGUGCUGGUGGUGGUCGUUCUGGCAGAUUCUCUUCUAAGUUUAGUGGUGGCAGGGGAGACCGUUUCUCUGGGUCAGACAGGUUUGGCGAUCGUUACAUGGAUGAUCGUUAUGAUGGUGGUCGUUAUGGGUACCGUGACCAAGUUGACACAAGAGACAGGUAUGCCGGGGGCCGUGAUCGUUAUGCCAAUGAUCGCUACCCCUCUGGUGGUGAUCACUUUGGUGCAGAAAGGUAUGGAGGUGGCCCAGAUCGUUAUGCACCAAGUGGUUAUGGUAGGGAGCGAGAAAGAAGCUAUGAGAGGGAUGGAGUUCGUGGUGGUGGUGGUGGCGGCGGCGGCGGCUACGAUAGGAGUGCCCCAAGGGGUGGUGGUGGAAGCUAUGAUAGGGAUGGCCUGAGGGGUGGCAUGGGUGGUGGCUAUGACAGGGAUGGUCCACGUGGUGGUGUCGCUGAUCGUUACGGCGGUGGAGGACCUGCACGCUAUGAUGGAGGAAGUUACAGGGAGAGGCCUGGGCCUUAUGAUCGCCCCAGCAGGGGAGGACGUUUUGAUGAUCGCUACUGAUGAUCGCCCCAGCAGACUCAAGCUCUUGAUGUUGCAGUUUCGUGUACCUGAAUGCUUAAUGUAUCUCUCCUUGGCACUUUUUUUUGUCUAAUUCUGUACUUCAACCGAUACUGACUGAUGUUGCCUUCUUUGAUAAGUUUAUCUGGUAGACUGUUUUUGCUUGCUGAGAUCAUAAAUCUUGCCCUGAGCUAUUACCUCAUGUUUCAGUUGUUUAUGGAGUGCAGUUGUAGGGAGUUGAGGUUCACAGUGAUUGCUGUCAUUGCUGAUCUGAGUAUCUGGUAUGCAAGGAUGAUAUUUUCAGAGAUUGCUUGGCACUGUUGGUCUGAAUAGCCGGUUUGCAUGGAUUGUAUGUUAAGUGAUGCUUGUCACUGUUGUUCGUACAUGGUUGUUUGCGGGGAUAUAUUUGCAGUGGUCUCUUGUCAUUGUUAGUCUGAAACUCUGAAUAUCUGCAAUGCAAGGACUACUGAACACCUGUCAACAUGGGUCUCCUGUCAUUGUCAGUCGGAAUAUCUGCAAUGCAAGGAUUAUAACAGAACAGUUGUUAAGUAUCCCUACGGUGGAAAUAGCUGAAAGCAAUUCGAAGUGCCAAAGUUUUCUGUUGCUUUUGUUACCAGUCCUGAAAACCGCUGUGUAGAAAAGCACCGAGCCAGGCCAUUUUGAGUGGGCAUCUUCUACUUGCUAGGUAGAGUGGUGUCUGUGAUGUCUUUGUAUAGCAAACCAAUACAAUAGGUAGCAUCGUUCCUUUAUUUCGUUUUCAUGUCAUGGUUUGCCGGUGAUGGCUUUUGUACAUAACCCUAAUAAUAUCUAUAAAUCGAUUCGAAUAUCUUGU